AUGGAGGCAGAAGCUGCAGCGGAUAAUAUGGACGAUAUUGGCUUUAAAGAUAACAAACUCAUGGAUGUUGGUGGUCGUCCCUUCCCUCUUUCGAUGAUUGUUGGGCAAGACGCCAUCAAACAAGCCUUGUUGUUGUCAUCUGUAAAUCACCGAAUGGCAGGCGUUGUCAUUUCUGGAGGAAAGGGAACAGCCAAAUCUGUCAUGGCCCGAGCUUUGCAUCAGUUGUUGCCUCCCAUUGAAGUUAUCAAGGGAUCCCCAUUCAACAUUGAUCCUGCUGGUGAAUAUGGAAUUGAUGAUUUUACAAAGACUUCGCUUUCCGGUGGAGGUAUUCCCUUGGAAGAAAGGGAAACUGAAAUUAUCCCGUGUCCCUUUGUCCAAGUCCCACUCAAUGUCAUGGAAGACAGGCUCAUUGGUAGUGCCGAUCUGGAGGAAAGUGUCAAGACAGGAAAGACCGUUUUCUCACCCGGUCUUCUCGCCAAAGCUCAUCGUGGUGUUCUUUAUAUUGAUGAUAUCAAUCUUCUCGAUGAAGAAACUGCCAAUAUUCUUCUUGGAGUUGUCACGGAGGGAUCUGUGACUGUGGAACGUGAGGGACUUUCCCUGAGGUACCCAUGCAAACCUCUGCUCAUUGCGACUUUCAAUCCCGACGAAGGUGAAUUGCGCGACCAUCUUCUUGACCGUAUUGCAGUUGCUCUCUCUGCUAAUGCUCAGCCUCUGGACAUCAGCCAGCGUGUGGAAGCUGUCAGUAGCGUCCUUGACUUUGCUAGCUCGGGAGCCCAAAAGUCGGAAGAAGCGGAGAAAACCCUGAAAGCAGCUAUUGAGAACGAAGACGACCUCAAAACAGCAAUUGUCUUUGCUCGAGAGUACAUUAAGGAGUUGACUCUGGCCCCAUCGCAAGUUCAGUACCUUUGUGAAGAAGCCAUUCGCGCUGGAUGCCAGGGACACCGUGCCGAGAUUUAUGCCGUAGAAGUUGCAAGGGCCAGUGCUGCUCUGGAAGGUCGUCAGGUCACCAGCGAGGAUCUCAAGUUGGCCGUCAAGCUCGCCAUUGCUCCCCGCGGAACCUUCAUCAAUACCCCCAUGGACGAAGAUGAGAUGAUGCCCCCUCCACCACCACCCCCACCGCCGCCGCAAAUGGACGACCAGAACCAAGACCAGGAUCAGGACCAAGAGGACGAAGACGAAGAAGACCAGCAGGAACCCGAUGAAGAAGAAGAUGACGACACUCCAGACGAAGCUCCAGAUGUGCCCGAGGUACCUCAAGAAUUCAUGUUUGACGUCGAUGCCACACCAAUGGACCCUGAUUUGAUUGAGUUUUCAAGCCGAGAACGCAGUGGCAAGGGUGGAGGCCGAGGCCUUAUCUUCUCGCAGGACCGUGGUCGUUACAUUAAACCAAUGCUUCCCAAGGGUAAGGUUGUCCGACUUGCCGUUGACGCCACACUCCGUGCUUCUGCCCCGUACCAAAAGUCUCGUCGUGAACGUGCUAUUGGAACCAAGUACGAAGGCCGAGGAGUUCACAUUGAACAAGGGGAUGUUCGCACCAAAAAGAUGGCCCGUAAAGCAGGAUCGCUUAUCAUCUUCGUUGUUGAUGCCUCUGGAUCGAUGGCACUGAACCGUAUGAAUGCUGCGAAGGGUGCUGCCAUGAGUUUGCUGACGGAGGCUUACCAAAGCCGUGAUCAAAUCUCGCUAAUCCCAUUCCAAGGAGAAAUGGCUGAUGUGCUGCUGCCACCCACCAAGUCCAUCACCAUGGCACGAAAGCGUCUGGAACAAAUGCCCUGCGGAGGAGGUUCGCCUCUUGCACACGCUCUGCAGAGCGCUAUGCUGACGGGUGUCAACGCUCAAAAGAGUGGAGACGUUGGAAAGGUUGUGGUUGUGAUGAUUUCUGAUGGGCGUGCCAAUGUACCACUGUGCGUCUCUAUGGGCGAGGAAUUUGACCCUGAAGCCGACGAAGACUCCAAGGACGGAAAGCCAAGCCGAGCAUACUUGAAGGAAGAAGUCUUGGCAUGCGCCAAGAAGCUUGGGUCACUUCCCGGAUUCAAUCUGCUAUGCAUCGACACAGAGAACAAAUUCAUUUCAACUGGACUUGCAAAGGACAUUGCGGACGCAGCGAUGGGCAAGUACCAUCAAAUUGCUAAGGCCGACGGAAGUGCCAUCGCCAGUGUGACAAACCAGGCAUUAAAUCAAAUGAAGGCACAAUAG